AUGGAUUCAUAUGAUUAUGGUGAUAUUUUAAAAGAAAUAAGCAAUCAUGCAAAAGAAUUACAUCCUCAGCACUGCAGGGAAGCAGCGUGUAUAAUCACAGUCAUCUUUAAUGUGAUUGUAUUCUGUUUUGGCAUCAUUGGAAAUGGUGCGGUGAUCUGGAUUACAGGAUUUAAGAUGAAGAAGUCAGUGAACACCACCUGGUACCUGAGUCUGGCAUUGUCUGACCUCAUAUUCUGCACUACUCUCCCUUUCACCAUUGACUCCACAGUUAAGAACAGCUGGAACUUUGGGCUCUUCAUGUGCAAGUUCACUGCUUUUGUUAUGACCCUUAAUAUGUACAGCAGUAUUUUCAUCCUGGUCAUCAUUAGUGUGGAUCGCUGCAUCACCGUCAAGUUUCCCACCUGGGCCCAGAAUCAGCGCACUGUACAGAAGGUGUCUUUAGUUGUUGUGUUGGCUUGGCUUAUGUCUUCUUUGCUUAGUAUUCCAUCAGCCAAAUUCAGAGAGAUUAAUAAUGCAACAACAGUCAUAUGCUAUAACAACUCUGAAGGUCACCAAAAAACCGUUGUGUUCAUCUGCUUUACUUUUGGGCUUUUGAUUCCAUUCCUGACCAUUUUCAUCUGUUACUCCAUCUUGAUCCAUAAACUUCGAGCAAACCAGAUGUCCAAAUUCACCAAGCCCUACAAGAUCAUGACAUUACUGAUUGCAACAUUUUUCAUCUGUUGGUUGCCAUUUCAAAUAGUUUCUGUUUUAGAGUUGGACAAUCACGAGCACAACCCUGUCUUUCACACAGUCUAACGAGUAUCUGUUUCUCUCGCCUGUGCAAACAGCUUUCUAAACCCAUUCCUCUAUGCAUUCAUGGCAAAGGACUCAAAGAAGAAAUGCUAUUCCUUUCUUUCAAACAUCGAAAGCGCCACUGAUGAGGAGACCAGAAGUGCUUUUAGAGCAACUUCAAUUACCAAUUCUGUGGAUAACUGA